AUGUCGUGGGUUCAAAGGCGGUUGAAGGGUAGCGUAGCGGCAGCACCGGUGUGCAGAAGGCGGCUGAAACUCCGGCAUGCAGGCGGCAGACGCUCCGAUGUGCAGGCGGCAAUCGCUUACCUCCGGUGUGCGGGAUUAGGGCUUGUGAGGGAAUCGGUUUUGGGUAUUAUGAUAGAGGGUGCAACUCCUCCUGGAAUUGCUAAAAAUCCUUCAAAUGCAACAUGUAAAAUCAAGAAGUACAAGCAUUGCUAUAACUUGCCCCAUGUUUGUCCUAAGUUUUGUCCUGAUACUUGUACUGUUGAAUGUCCUUCUUGCAAACCUAUGUGUGUCCCUGGUUCAUCACCACCACAACAUGAUGGUCAUGAUGAUGAUGAUGAUGAUAAUAAAACACCCCCAAGCCCAAUACCAUCGUCACCAUCACCACCCUACACUCCAACUCCAUCUUCUCCUAAUUCUUCUGGUGUUGCCGCUAGGAAGAGAGUUCGAUGCAGGAACAAGUACUAUGGACAAUGCUACAAUCAACCCCUUCUUUGUCCUGCUAAUUGCCCUACUUCAUGUCAAGUUGAUUGUGUUACUUGCAAGCCCGUUUGCAGUUGUGACUAUCCAAGAGCUGUAUGCCAAGACCCUCGUUUCAUUGGUGGAGACGGAAUCACCUUCUACUUCCAUGGCAAAAAAGACCAAGACUUUUGCCUAGUCACAGACUCAAACCUCCACAUAAAUGCACACUUCAUUGGAAAAAGAAACAACAACUUGAGACGUGACUUUACAUGGGUUGAGUCGAUCGGAGUCCUGUUCGAUAACCAUCGCCUCUUCGUUAGAGCCAAGAAGACCUCUACAUGGGAUGAUGCCAAUGAUCGUUUAUCCAUAGCUUUUGAUGGCGAACCCAUCUACCUUGAGGAAACUGUUGGAUACGAGUGGAAGUCUACAUCCACCCCACAAGUCACCAUAACACGAACUACCUUUGAAACCAAUACUAUCACUGUUGAAGUCCAAGGAAUACUCAAGAUCACAACUAAAGUUGUACCUAUCACUCAAGAAUAUUCUAGAGUUCACAAUUAUGGAAUUACGAACGAAGAUUGCUUCGCUCAUCUUGAUUUAGGAUUCAAGUUCUACUCAUUAACCGGAAAAGUUGAUGGUGUGUUGGGGAAAACUUAUGGAGAUGAGUAUGUUAGCAAAGUGAAUGUAAGAGCUCCAAUGGUGGUUAUGGGAGGAGAAAAAGAGUAUGUAAGUAGUAGUAUUUUUGCUACUGAUUGUUUGGCUUCAAGGUUUAAGGUUUAUCAUCAAGAGGAGAGUUCAUUGGAGGCCUCGGAGCUUGCCCACAUGAAUUGUGUUAGUGAAAUGCAUGGUGAGGCUGGGUGUGAUUCGGAUUGGGCGAGUUGUCCUCUUACUCAUCGCUCAAUCAUGGGUUGGUUGGUAUUUCUCGGGUAUUCUGCUAUCUCUUGGAAGACUAAAAAGCAACCCACUGUGUCGAUGUCUUUAUCAGAGGCCAAAUAUCGCUCUAUGGCGGCAGUUACUUGUGAGCUGGAGUGGCUUAAAGGCUUAUUGUUGAAUUUGGGUGUGCACCACCCAAAGGCAAUCAAGUUGUUUUGUGAUAGUCAGUUUUCUUUGCACAUCGCAAAGAAUACGAUUUUUCAUGAAUGA